GAAGCGUCAUGCUUGCGAGCAGCAAGAUGGCCAUCUGGGUCCUGACGGGCCUGACGGCCGUCACCACCGUGGUCUUCAACCUCUACAUCUUCCUGGUGAGCGUGCACACCUACCAGGAGAAGAAGCGCUGGAGCUCCAGCGAGAGCAUCAUCGUGGCCCUGGCGCUGAGCGACAUCGCCCACCAGCUCCUCUGCUACUUCUGGAUGACCCUGGACGAGAUCGACUCGGAGUGUCUGGUCUUCCCCACCGGGUACACCGUCAUCCUUCUGCUGAUCUUCAGCCUGAAGUUCACCAUCAUGUGGGACAGCAGCUUCCUCACCUUCUACUACAGCACCAAGCUGGUGACCACCCCCAACCAGUGCUACACUCACAUCCAGGCCGCCAUCCUCAAGCACGUGACGCUGGCCGUCUGCCUCAUCCCCCUGUGCGGCCUGGUCACCUGCAUGCCCAUGCUGGUGGUCUUCCACCACGCCAAUGACACCGACCCCACCAACAAGGACUGUGGGGUCCUGAUGCCCGACACGCUCUCCGGUCAGGUUUAUGAGAUCCUCUACCUUCUUCUCUCGGACGUAGCUCCGGGGAUGCUCAUGAUCAAAUGCUGCAUCUCCAUCUCCACACACCUGGCCAUCCACCUGCGCAACAUGAAAGCCAGCACCAACGGAGCCCACGCCCCGAAGUUCGGCUCCCAGAUGCGCGUGAUCCAGAUGUCUCUGUCUCUGGUCUUCAUCUUCCUGGUCUUCCUGGUGGUGGACCUCUACGUCAACUAUCAGAUCUCCGUGAAGCAUGAGAACAUCAUCGUGCUGACCUUCUUCUUCACGUCCGUCUACACCACCGCCUCCGCUGCCGUGCUGAUAUACGGCAAGAAAACCAUGUGGAAGAUGUUGAUCAAGGACUACAACGCCAUCCUGGACGGCUUCCCGUGCUUGUCCCGCCUCAAAGUCCCGGAAAUGAAACCCGAACGUGACACGACCAAAGUCAAGAGCUGAGCAGCAAACGUCCUUCAAGCUUGAGCUUUAGAGCCAGGAAAGAGCUGUGUGGACCUUCUGCUGAAGGCUCCAUGUUGAACCCUAAAAUCUCCAUUUAGUCUCGACUGACCUUCGAUAUGAAAACACACCUUCGGUUCAUGUAUUGCUUUUCACUUUCAGAUAUUA